CUGUACAUGGAGUAUAAGUGUAUGAAUCAAUCCAUGAAUGAAAUCAUGAAUGAAUCUGAGGUGAAUUAGGGCUCCCUCCGCCGGGCCCCGAAUAGGCAAUUCUCCAGCGGGGGAGGGCGAGUCGCAGUAUAAGUUGAGGUGCCAAUUUCUAUACCUUCUGUCUUCUCCCUCUCCCCUCAUUCUCCUCCUCACUCUCAGACACCAUGAUUCGUGCUCUCGAAGGCAAAUUCGGCAUCGUCACCGGCGGUUCGCGCGGAAUCGGCGAGGCCAUCGCGCGCAACCUCGCCGAGAAAGGCUGCUCGCUCCUUCUCAACUUCACCUCCGCCUCGUCGCGCGCCCGCACCGAAGACCUCUGCGCCUCGCUGUCCAAGGACCACGGCGUGCGCUGCGUCAGCGUGCAAGCCGACCUCAGCGACCCGGAGACGGGGACGUCGACGAUCCUGUCGGCAGCCAAGCAGCACUUCAGCUCGCCCUCGGGCGAGAUCAAGAUCGACAUCCUCAUCAACAACGCCGGCGUGUCGGCCGACCGCCUCCUCAACGACCCCGUCGAGGGGCCCAUCGACCCGGCCAACUUCACCUGGCACUACAACGUCAACGUCCUGGCCCCCCUGCUCCUCACCCAGGCCGUCGCCCCCUACAUCCCCCGCGCCGCCCCCCGCACCGGCCGCAUCGUCAACAUCUCUUCCGUCUCCUCGACCCUCGGGUUCGCGGGCCAGUCCAUCUACGGCGGCACCAAGGCCGCGCUGGAGGCCAUGACGCGCACCUGGGCCCGCGAGUUGGCGGACCGCGCCACCGUCAAUGCGGUCAACCCGGGCCCCGUCAUCGGGGACAUGUAUUUCCUGACGGGCGAGAAGUUCUGGAACCAGAUGCAGGGGUUCCAGGAUAAUACGCCGCUGAGUGAGCUGGUCGAGGGAGAUCCGCAGCUGGAGUCGUUGACGCCGGAGCAGAUCCGCCUGGUCAAUGAGAAGAUGGGCGGCAGGAGGCCCGCGUUUACCGGGGAGGUGGCCGGCGUGGUGGGGAUGCUGUGCACAAAGGACGGGGGGUGGACUACGGGGAGUGUGAAAACAGACAGAAUGUCCCUCCCAACAUCCCUCCGCUUCCUCCGUCUACCUCAUCCCCGCCUCCUUCGACCCUCCACCCCGUCUCUCUCCGUGCCUUCAAUCCGAUCAUACCACUCCAACACCAACACCCUACGCUACCAGCCCUCUCCUCCCCAUCUCAGCGCCUCGAACACCCCAAUCGCACAGCGCACACUACUCUCGCCCUCGACCCCAAUCUCAACCCCAACCACACGAUCCCUCUCCACCUCGUCCGGCAAAUCCUCCGCCGACGAGAUUGUCGAGGAACUCCAGGAACUCUACGAAAACGCCAAAGACGAAUUCGAAAUCGCCACCGACAGCACCGACGGCGGCACCAUCUACGCGCCCUCCGACCGCGAAAGCGCCCGCGACGCCCUCAACCAGCUCCUCAUCGUCUUUGAGCUCUACACUCAGAACGAGAGCCCGACGCAGGCGGCGGUGCGGGCGCAGGCGCAGGCCGAGGCCGAGGCUCAGGGCGAAGAAGGGAAGGGUAAGGAAGGCGAGGGAGAGCAAGAUCUGGAGGGGCAGUUGAGCGUGGAGACGAAUUUCGAUCCGGAGGCUGUGGAGCAGGGGGUCAGGGAGGAGGUGAAGAGGAGGGUGGCGCAGCGGGUGAGGGAGUUGAGGAAUGCGGUGGAGUUGUUGGAGGAGAGGGCUUUGACGGAGUAAUCUACCUCACCCUUUUUACCUGUCCGGUCGCUGGUCGGGUUGAGUGUGUUCAUGCAGUUGUAUCGUGACAUACUCGACGUGAAAAUCUUUCGGAUUAUCUUAAUUACUUCCUGAAACCAGGAGCUGUACCAAUGGUACGUACUAUAUACUAUGUGCGUGUAUAUGUGUACUAUACAGACAUGACAUCGUCGUUCAACUCGUCAUUCAUAUCCAUAGCC